AUCAGUGGAAAGAUUAUUUAUUCAGCUUUCAGAUGAUGUAUAAAUCUCAAUUUCGAAAACUUACACUUAAGACUGGUUUUGUGGUCCACGGUCACAUUGAAAUAUGUUCAUAUAUGACUUUGAAGCUUUAGAUGAAAAGAACAGCACUCUUGUGUAACGUCAGAUUGUUUAGUUUUCUCUGAUACACGGAAAGUUAAAAGGUCUGUAAAGGUUGCAUCUGUUGACACACAUGGGGGAUAGUGUUUGAUUUGCUAUGUGCUGUGAUUUAAAGGAAUAGUACAACUAAUAAUUAAUAUUUCUGUCAUUUUGCCAGAAAAGUUGAAAAGAGCCAUUAAAAGUACAAAAACAGUAGUCCACAUGAUUUCUACAUUACAUUUCAAGUCUUCUGAAAGCAUACAGUAGGUUUUUGAGAGGUAGAGACUAAAAUAUGUAAUUAGUUACUCAUUCUUGUCAGCUGCUGCUCUCAAAUUUUAGUCAUAGAUAUUUCAGUUAUACUCAAGUAAAACGGAAACAAAAUAAUAUUUCCUUAAAUUUAAAUAAAAUAUUGAGGGGACAAAAAACUACCAAAAAUGACAAAACCAAAACAAAAUAACUUGAAAUAAAAUUAAAUCUGAAAGUAUUAAUAAAACCUAUAAUGGCAUAUCAGUGAUACUAUAAUAAAAAUGGUGCAUCAACAAUACCAAAUAUAUUUGAUUCUCACGUCUUGUAAUAUAUUUUCCUUCUGCAGGUGAAAGGGAACAUUUAGAGAACUUGCAGAAGGCAAAUUACCUGCAUGCUUAAUUUAUACAAAUUAGAUUUGAGCUAUCAAUGGAAGGUUUUCAGUGUAUAACAACUAAACUUGGUUAAAUUCUCACACAAAGCUAUCAUAUGACUUCAGAAGAUUUGAACCGUAGCAUUCAAAUCACAAAGUAAAUGUACAUUUGCAUUUGCAAGCCUAGAAAACUUCUUUUUAAAAAUCAAAAAUAGAUGUAAUUUCUUAUAUUGCAGUUGUGCCCUGUUCAAAAUGUUGUGAAAUGAAAUGUGCGAGAAGGUAGCUCCUUUGAGAGGAAGAAUAUUGUCCUUUCUUUUCUCCCUAUUAUUGACACAACUUGUUUGCUUGGUAAUUUACAAUGCAAAGUUGCGUCAUCUGUGUUCGAGAAAUUUAAGACCAGGUAGUCAUUGAAAAGAAAAGCAAUGAAAUGCUCUGAGUAAUAAACUCUUAGUUCUGGUCACCAGGUGAUAUUUUAUAAUUGCAUUCACCUGACUGGUGAGCGUUUCAGCUGGUUUACCAAGCAAAGGUGUGGCGUUGGCUGCUCAUUACACACACAGAGAGCGGACAGAGAGUCCGCAAACACUCAAACACAAGGAGAACCCAGCAGAUCUAAGUUUAAGCUUGAAGUGAUUUUUUUUUUUUUUUAGUUCAAACAAAGCCAAAGGCUAAAGAUGCAGACGACAGAUACGACUUACGACAAUGUUUCUCAUGUGAACCAUGGUUUCCAACAUGAAGAGCAGCGGCCCUCUCCGUAUGCGCCUUCUUCUGGAAUAAACCCGAUUUUACCUCAGUACCCUGGUCCCCAAAACCCACAAUAUGUUCUCCAGAAUUCCCCUCAACCAUACUUUUCAGAGAGAUACUCGCCUGGACAGAGCCUGGAUCAGUAUACGCCUCAAACAGCACCUGUAAACACACACCACACGGUCACACCUGGACUCUACCUUGACGUUAAUCCAGUUCACAAAGCAGCUUCAAGGAGAAAAAAAUGGCCGUUUAUCCUUUGCAUAGUCAUCACCCUACUGGUUGUUGCUGGGGUCAUAGCUGCGGUGCUUUGGUUUUAUGGUGAGUUUGAUUGUUUUCAAGGGCGUCGCUGUAAAACAGAUAACAAAUGUGUCAGCUUCUCGCAGUGGUGUGACGGCGAGCAGAACUGUCCAUCAGGAGACGAUGAAGCUCAUUGCUAUCGUCUGUAUGGAUCUAAUUCCCUUCUUCAGAUGUACUCACGUGUGAACCAAAAAUGGGAGAAUGUGUGUUCAGAUGGAUGGAGUGACAACCUCGGGAUGCAAGCAUGUGAGGAGAUGGGAUACGAGAGGAACACUUAUGUGGGUUAUGAGAAGAUUAACUCUAGAGCAUCAUCUGACUACAUGCUGGUGAAGACAGAUUCUCCCAGCUCUUUCAAUCUGACAAGUUUUCUCAGUAGAAGUUCAGACUGUCCAUCUAACAAAGCUGUGGCACUCAAAUGUAUAGAUUGUGGACGGAACAAUGGGAGACGGAUCGUGGGAGGAACCACUGUGACCUCAAAGGGGGUGUGGCCAUGGCAGGUCAGCCUGCAAAUUUCCGGAAACCAUUUGUGUGGCGGGUCUGUCAUUACACCUUACUGGAUCAUCACUGCAGCUCACUGUGUUCAAGAGUUUUCAAAUGCAAGGGAUUGGACUGUGUAUGCUGGAUAUCUGACUCGUGCUGAGAUGGGGUUGGCCACUGGCAAUUCUGUAAACCGAAUUGUCAUGCACAACUUUGACCCGAGGACCAACGAAAAUGACAUCGCCCUGAUGAAGCUAAACCGUCCACUCACAAUUACAUCGGACGUCAUGCCAGUGUGUCUGCCCAAUAAAGGGAUGUACUUUGCUGCUCCGCGGGAAUGUUACGUCACUGGAUGGGGGGCACUGUUUAGUGGAGGACCUGCCUCACAAACCUUACAAGAAGCCAAAAUCCAGCUAAUCGACAGAACAACUUGCAACAGCCGAGCAGUGUAUAAUGGACGAAUCACAGACACCAUGAUCUGUGCUGGCAAGCUGGAGGGCGGCGUGGACUCCUGUCAGGGGGACAGUGGGGGUCCUCUGGUCAUAAAGGAGAAUUCUCUAUGGUGGCUGGUUGGGGACACUAGCUGGGGUGAUGGAUGUGCUUUCAGAAACAAGCCUGGAGUCUACGGAAAUGUGACCUACUUCCUUGACUGGAUACAUGAACAAAUGCGGAGAUAUUAGCUUUUUUAAUAUAAAGCUUUUUGAGAAGAGCAACUGAUCCAAAUCGCUGACUCUCAGGAACUGUGACAAGGUCCAGGAGACCUUUUAGUACGAGAUUUUUUUUUUUUUUUUUUAGUCUUGUUUUUAAAUUUUUGUUUUCAUAUAAAUGUUUUCACAUAAAUCUAAAAGAACCAGUUAUUUAUUUCCACCAGUGUCAAUAAUGAAGUGAAUUGCACAUUAUGCUACAAUAUGCAUUUUUUUUUUGUUGUAUGUUUUGUAUAAAGAACACAAUUGUACAAAUGAUUUUAUAAAAAUCCCUACCUGACGAUGAGGUUUUACAUCA